GGCGCUCAUCGCGACUGACGACGACGAGGAGGAGGAACGUGCAGCUGACGCGUAAAUCGGUAUCGUGCAGCAUCACGAAGAUACGUUCACGUCCGUUUCCUUCUUUCCUUCGUCGUUCAUUGCCAACAGUGUUUUGUGCAGGUACAAUGCUACAUUACGUUCCGCUCUUCUCGCUCAUUGUCGCUACGCAGGCAAAUCUCCACUUACCUCCGCUCAAGGAGGAACACUUACUGACCGAUACUCUACUGCGAGAACUGAUCAAUCAAAUGAGAAACGAACUUGAGGACGCUGCCGAUCCGUACCUUGAAUAUCCCGAGAAAGCUAAAAAAUUGCCCAUGGAAUUACCGGCCGAUUAUGACGGUAUGGAUACGUUGAAUCCGAAUCCUAGUAUACGAGAUCAAGAAUACUUGCAGCAUAGUACACUCUGGAGUCAUCAACGUAUCAAUAACAACAAUGAUGGCAAGACUAAUGACCGACAUAGGAUCCAGUUAGGCAGUUUAAAGGGAAUUAAAGAUGAAAAAGCAGAGAAUCCUUUACCGGCGUACUGUACUCCACCGAAUCCUUGUCCAAUCGGAUACACGAGUGAAAACAAUUGCCUUAUUAACUUUGAGAAUACGGCAGCGUUCAGUCGUGAUUAUCAAAGCGCACAAGAUUGUAUGUGCGAUACGGAACACAUGUUAGAAUGCUCCAGCGAUACAAACAGUAAUAGCAUAUCAAACAUGCAUAUUUCAAAUUCUGAUUUCGAUCAAAUUGUGGAACAAUUCCAGGAGGACAAUCCAUUCUUUCAAGGAGAGAAAUUACCAAUAGCUGCGAAAAAGGGCAUACAUGUAAUUGAUUAAAAAGAAGUAAACAUUCGAAAGAAAAUUGAGAGAAAUUAUAUAAUGCAUAUUUUAUUGAUUAAAAUUCCACUGAUCUACUGAUCACAAUCGCGCUUUGAAUUUUUAAUAUUGAUAUACGUGUAAUUAAAGAAUACAUCUGAAUAAUAAACAAAAUGGAUGUAAUAUUAAAACAUCGAAUACUGAAAGGCGUUAUAUGUUUUCCAAGUCUAACGAUACAUAUAAAUGGAGUUAUCUGCAAUCAUUAUCCGAAGUGGGCCAUUGCUGUCUAUCAGAAUUGUUAAAAACUUUGAUCAUACAAAUAUAUAAUGCGGUGCACUGUGAAUUGCUUACAAGCGCGAUUAUUUAGUUAAUGAGACAACAAUGGAGUUACAAUUGUCAUACAUGUUGAUAUUUUUUCGAUGUACAGAAAUAUAUGGGGUAAUAUUAUGUAUGUUUGUAGAAUAUUGAAGCAGUUCUCAAUAUUUGUACAAGACAUCUGCAAUUCAGUAAAUGAAUACUUCA